UUCCCAUAAUGCAAUGGAGAUUUGCAAAACAAUCAUGGCGUCGAAAUUUUCUCUGAUGGUCAUCCAAGCCAGUUUAAUCUGAAGCAUCAAUUUCGUCUCGAACGGCGGAUAUCUACUCCUUUUAACAAUGUCCAGACAAACAACUGAUUGGUUUUAUGGUCCAGUCAUGUGAAACUCUCAAGGUUCUUUCUCGGGGCCAGUUAAGCGUACCAGCUGGCCAGCGGACAUUGCCGUCGUCAGGUCCACCAAUCUAGCAGUAGGAGCAGAACUGGGAUGGCCUGUCGGAGGCAUUGCUCACAUAGUCAUAGGGAGCAUAGAGAUCAUAGAGACCAUAGAAGACUAUAUGAUAGUAACAGUGAUGAGGACACAGACUUCUCGGAGACGGAUGACAGAAAGAAAACCUGCAUAAAAAGAACAAGUACAAUUGGGCAACCUGCCAGAUCCAAACCUUGUCUGGUAAACCGUGUCCGCUCUCUGAGCUUAGAGAACACGAGCAGCAACGAGGAGGGCGGGGCAUCUGAUGGUCGUAGUGCCUCAUCCAUGCCUUUCUAUAUGAGUCGUAGUUACAUGCAGUCGGGAGAGGUGGGUUCAAGUCGCAGUCAGAAAGUGUGUUCCCGCUUGUCGGGUUCCUCCAAGAACUACUUUACGCUGGACUACGGGGAGCAGGCCAUGGCCGCUCCUAACUUGUCCUGCAAUGUUAACAUGAAUAUGAACAUUAAGAUGAAUGGACCUUGUGCUGCAUCAACAACCAAGGGAGAGAGACUUACACUUGUUGUAGAUGAGACACGAUUUGUCAUUGAUCCGGAACUCUUCAGGGCAAGGCCAGAAACCAUGCUUGGAAGAAUGUUCACGUCAUCACUAGAGAACAAAUUCACACGUCCAAAUGAGAGGGGAGAAUAUGAAGUAGCUGAAGGUAUCUCUGCCACAGUGUUCAGGGCUAUUCUAGUAAGUGUUAUCAUUCUAUGCCAUUUUCAUGGUGACCGUGAGUGUCACAUCGUAGUGCUUACAGAGGAGGAUAUAGUAGAAUGGGAUGAUGACUAUCCUCCUCAGAUGGGGGAAGAGUACUCCCAGAUUAUCCACAGCACAGCUAUGUACAGAUUCUUUAGAUAUAUAGAAAAUAGAGAUGUUGCCAAGCAGGUUCUCAAAGAACGUGGUUUGAAGAAAAUUAGACUUGGCAUUGAAGGCUAUCCAACCAACAUGGAGAAGGUGAAGAAGAGACCUGGUGGACGCCACAGGAAGGUAUUCAUCUACAACUAUGUUCAGAGGCCUUUUCUUCGCAUGUCGUGGGAGAAGGAAGAAGCCAAGAGUCGCCACGUGGACUUCCAGUGCGUUAAAUCAAAAUCUAUCACCAACCUAGCGGCAGCUGCCGAUGCUUCACACGACCAGGGUAUUGUUCAACAGGACCAGGAUGGAACUAUCAACGUUAUUCCACCCCAGCCCUCCCCUUCCGAGCCAUACCCAGAUGUACAGCUGCCACCAGAGGGCGAUGCCGACUGACUAGCUGGAGUUCAUUACUGCUGCUGUUUUGCGGAUGCAUGUUUAAAAUAACUGUGAAACCCUAAAUGCAACUUUGGAGUGUUCAGUGUGCUUUUCCAGAAAAUGCUAUGAUACAGUCUCGUAUGUCAAGUAAAUCUCCAUGUUGACUGAUCGUAGAAAAGACCAAAUUAUUGUAUUUGUUGAAGUAAUACUGGUGGUGGUGGUGGUAAGCAUUGGGCAUCUGAACAACUGGCUAGAUAGGUGAAUCUGUGUCCUUCAUACAAGUGCCUCCUUCAAGAGCCAUAGUAGUCACUGUUGCAUUUGGAGCUUCAGAUAACAAGAUGGAAAGAAAAGAACAUAUUUCACGUUUAAUACAGGUAAAUUGUUGUGAAAUUUGUUAACUUUGUGUCACAUGUCCAGUUUCUACUGCCAUGAUGGAGCGGUAUCUCUGUUACAAGUCUUCAUGUGACAUGUUUAACGCUCGUCGCUGCUGGCCCAACUUGAAGUGUGUUCUUUUCUUCAUCCCCACAAAACAGAAAAAGAAUAAAGAGAGUUCCCAGUUAUGAUAUUUUGAACUGUAUUACAUGUUUCAAUGUGUUCACUUCUUACAAUUACAUAGAUCUAUGGUAUGUUUUCCUUAAUUUAUCUGUACAUGUUGAGUACCUGUUAAUAUAUAUAUAUAUAUACACAAGUUUCAGUGUAUGAGGAGAAAUAUAUACCCUUAAAAGUGUGUUAUGGUAUUUGUUAGACGAACCAAAAAUAGAGCUUUUUGACAGCCAAAUAUUUCUUGAAAAGAUUGGGUUCUUUCAUUUUGAUUAAUCAAAGAUUGGUUUGUAAGUUCUCACUCAUGUUCAACAGUCAUUUUCAACAAUUGUGCCGGAGAUACGUUUAUAUAAAAGUUUGUUUUUAUCAAUGCUCCAAGACUUUGAAAAGUUCUGUUAAAUAUCCGUCACAAUGUUAAAGCUGAUAAUGAUGUAGUCACAGUAUGUGAUCUGUGGUGUUAGAACUAAGUACUGAUAAGUAGAUAAGAUACCAGCUUCAGUCUCCUCCAGGAAUGUAUGGCCAACCACUUCAUGGUUCUAUAUGUAUGAUUGUCAUCUAUUUACGCACAAUAUAUCUGUAAUAACAUUUGUAAUCAUUUUGAAUAUAGCCAAUUAUAGUAUUUGCUGCUGAUUUUUAUCAUGGUGUAUUUUCUAUCCAUGAUGAUGAUGUUGUCAUACAGAGGAAUGAUUUGAUGUAAAUGGCAUGUAACAUGGAGUGACAUUUUACAGUGUGAGUUGUACUUGUAUGUCUCAAGUUCAUUCAUAUUGCAUUGUUGUACUUAGGAUAUUAUACACAGAGUAUGUUCACAGUAUAAGUGCUCCAGAAUUUUGUCUUUCGUAUGUCAUUUGAGUGAGUCGCAUUGGUCAAGUCAGUCUUGAUAGUCUCUUCCUACAAAAACACUGGUCAUACAAGAAAUUGUUGACGUAAAAUAGCCCGAGUGAACUUCAAGAAGGAUGAGAUUGAGGCAGAGUUGAGCUCACUGAUCCAUCAAGCUGGUGACAUUCAAGUUUAUUCUACUUUCCGCCUUUGUAGAUUCCCACUAUUCCACUAGCCCAAGACUAGUACAUUGUACUGAGGACAAGUAGGAAUCUCAUUGGCUUGUAGGAAUCUCAUUGGCUUGUAGGUUUCAGGGCUAUAAUUCAGAACCAGUUCAAGUCUCAUCCAGUAGAAGUACACAUUCAAGCAGGACUCGCUGCAAACUCUGACUACUGGUGUAAUACUGUCUCCCAUCUUCAAAUAUUGAAUUUCUUAGAUUGUACUUUUUCAAGUAAGGACUUUUUAUUUAUUUGUUGGAUGGGUUACCGUCAGUCAUUACCAUAUGUCAUCCUUUUUCACACUUCUUUAUAAAUAUGUUUGUUGAAUGACAAGGAAUUCCUGUUCUUUUCUAUUCCUUAUGCUUGACUUUGAUCUCAAAGCACACAUGUAAUCAGCCUUAAGAGUCACUUCGUGCUAAGUACAGGGUGAUCCAAAUACCAUUUUAAUGUCAGAGUGUUCCACUAUAUGUUCAAGUGCAGCAUAGUGGGGAACAACUGCCAUCGAAGCUGUUACCAACUGUGUUGACAAAGCUACUUUGAGUGUAGAUCUUCAAACCAUGUGUGUUGAUGAACUGAUGAGACUGUCGAUUUUUUUAAGGUCAAAAUGUAUUUUCUGUACUGCUAUUGAAAGUAUAUUUAUUACAAACCAGAAUCUAUUCAGAGACUGUCUGUAUGACAUGUUUGUAUUAGCAACAGCUCAGAAUAUCCUGAUUUCCAAUGUUGUUAAUACAUUUUUUUCACUGUAUGUCCAGCAAGGCACUGGAACAUGAAACAUAUUGAUCAGCCUAGUUGUAGCAACAUGUAAUUCCGCCAGGUUGUCAUUCAUUUUGAGUCUAUGUAAAGACCUACAUGUAUGAUAUGGUCUGAACAUGAAGAAAGUAUUAUUACAUGCUCAUGUGGAAGGAUGUUUGUAAGUAUCACAGUGUUCAAAUGAACCAGUCAAAAGGCAUAUUCCUAGACAAUGGGCUAUAUUUGGAGGAAUAUUAAAGCUGUCUGUGAAGGUUUUGUUUGCUGCAAAUCGGGUGAGAAAUCCCAUGGUUAAUAGUCAUGGUAAAUGAGGCAGAGAUAUUUGGGGUAUAUUGUGCCAGUGUAAGCAGAAUGCUUGUUGAAGCUGGUAUUAAAGACCCCAUGUCUCUAACACUGUUGUGUUAAUGAAUUCUGUGGAAUAACAUUGUCUUGUAUGUAACAAAGCUGUAUUAAUGAAGACUUUAAUAACGUUAUCUUACAUGUAACACAAUUGUGUUUGAGAAAACUGUGGAAUAACACUGUUGUGUUAAUGAAAGGCUGUGGAGAGUUCAAUGGUGCUUGUAUUACCGUGUAUAUUUUGUACAGUUGUCUCACUAGUAUGUUGUCUUGUAUUCAGCUUUUUAUAUCGGUAGCCAUCCUCCUGCAGGGUAUUAGAUAGUGCCAACCAAACACUCAUGUAGACUGACAUUUCUUGUGAUGGUUUACCAAAGAUUGCCAGCUUAGUGUGUGUGGUAUUGUGGCUGUCUUGUGAGCACUGGCAGAGGAGUUGGCCAUUAGUGCUGUCCACAUCUGACAGGAGUUGUUUCGGUUGUGAGUGAUGCCAACUGAAGGACUGUUUGCUUUCAUGCUUGACAUGUGUGUAUAUUUUUAUUAAGUGGAUACAUUAUGAGAGAUAUAUGCUUUGAAAUGUAAUGGAUGAUCAUGUAAGAAUUCUUUUAUUACGUUACUUUAUAUACAUGCUGCAUCAUUACUGACAUCUUGUUCUGAGAAAAUGUAAAAUAAUGACCGUCUUUCAGAAAGUUUAUGAGAUUUAGUUUAAAAACAGAUCUCUAGUACUAAAUGUGAUCAGAAACAGAUUUAUUCAAAUCGCUGAAAUCGCUGUGCCAGUUGAUGAUUUUUACAAUAGCACUAGGCCGUUGACGUCAUGGAUGUCAGUGACAGACACAGUUGUACAUAAGGUGUCCCACAUCUCACUUGGUACACAGUAUCCAGUCAUGUAGUCUCACUGUCAUCUAUAUUUAACACCCACCCACCCACCCAUGAUCACACUAGAAACUUCUCCUUUACCUUCCCUAUUGAUUCCUCCAUGCAUACAGGUCUGAUGUUUCACUGUAAGGGAAUGGUCAGCACUUGGUUGAUGUGGCCUUGUAGAAUACCUCACCCACAGCAUAAUCACUGUCUCUGAAAUGUUCUCAACACUUUUCUUUCUUCUGUUUCAAGAAACGUUCAGCACUGUUCCUAACUGCAGAAUUUGUUAAAUUACCCCAUCCUCCUUGCUGCCAACACAACACGUAUGGCUGACCUCUCAACAGCUACAGCACACUUGUCCUCAGUCCGACAUGCUACAGCAGCCAUGUCCUCACAAUUCUACAGAUACAUGACUUGCUACAGCCGCCUUAUCUUAGUACAUGCUACAACUACAGCAGACCUGUUCUCAUGACAUGUUGCAGCCGUAGCAACUCAGAACUACGUUACAGCCUCAAUUACCUUGUCCUCAGUACCACACGCUACAGUGUCAACAGCUGCAGAAGCAUCGAGCUUUGCACAUUAUCAUUGUCUAAUAAAACAUUAAUCACUGA